AAUUAGUUAAUCGAUAAUAGUAGGAUUCGCCGGGGAGAAGGAGAAAAAAAAUUAGAUGCAUGGGUCUCAGGUUCGAGUAAUAACCAAAAUAACUACAACUUCAUUUUUGCAUAGACGUGGAGAUGCUUUUUGGUUAGAAACCUCGACAACCACUAACGAAGAUGAGGACAAUGAAAACGUUGUGUUUUGACUUUUAUGCCCCUCUAAACCCUAAAUUCAAUAAUUUGGGUCGUCACUCGUCAGCAAGCUGGAUCUAAUCCACCACUCUCUCCAAUUGUCAUUCACUCCGGUUUUGCUAUUUCCAAGGAGAGAAAGAUGAUAGCUGUGAUCGGAUUGCUUCUGGGUUUUCUAGUAUCAGCAUUGUUCUUAAUCCAAGGAAAGCGAAGAAGAACAAACGACAAUCAAGAGAAGAAGAGAUCUAGCAGUGAGCCUGUAGAAGAUGUGGUAAGACCAAAAAGUUACAGCAAGAGUGAAGUCGCAGUACAUAACAAAAGGAACGAUUGUUGGAUCAUAAUCAAAGAUAAAGUCUAUGAUAUUACUUCUUAUGUUGAAGAACAUCCUGGUGGUGACGCUAUUCUUGAUCAUGCUGGUGAUGAUUCUACUGAUGGCUUCUUCGGACCUCAACACGCCACUCGUGUUUUCGACAUGAUUGAAGAUUUCUACAUCGGGGAACUUCAUUAGUAAAAGCUUAAAGAUUUGAGAUUUGAUUGAAGAUUUGAGAUUUCUUCUUAAGUAAGCUUAAAGAUGGCUUUUUUAAUUCUCUUCUCAUUGAAGAUUUGAGAUUGCAUUACCUUUUUGUCUUGCUAGUGUAACACUUCUUCUUCCAUUGUAUUGCCAAAGUUUCCUCCUUUCUCUUAAUUUUCAUGGUGAAGCUAUGCUCUGUUUCAAGUGUUCUAUGCUUAACUCUGUCUCAAGUGUUUUAAAUCCAUCAAUUUUGAGUUUAAUCUAUUGAAUUGCUUUAUGGGAAUCAAUAGGAUCAU